AUGAGAUCCCAGGGUAAUAUGUCUGAUCGCCUGGGCGUUGAAGUCGACUGCCACUCACUCGGCUCCAACGAAUGUCCGUCUAUGGGCUCCAGCUUCUCGCCUUUGGAAUCGCCCACACCUACCCCUACGAGCAUCUACAGUCAAGGUUCACUUGCUUCCCCAAGCUGGCCAGAAAACGGGUCAUACCCGGGCCACGCUUACGACAGAGGUACCGGAUCGACACCCAUACGCGGCCACUUCCGUCUCGCCAGUAUGCCCUCGCACGAGAACAUGGGUCUGCCACCAUACAGCAGCCUGGAUGGGCAGGAUCGCAUGGCGGUUACAGACUUCCUGCCUUCGUAUGACGAGAACGCGGAUCAGUUCUGGCUCCCCUCGGAUGUUCCCAAGACCUACGAUCACCAUGUCCAUGGACUGCCAUGCCCGCCGUCCAUGCACCAAUAUCCGCCAAUGCUUCGCAGCAACUACCGCCACCACCCCGCUCCGUAUUUCCCUGAAUCGGCCACCAACCCGUGCCUGUCGCGCCCUAUCUUCCAUCAUCAACCCGAGCGCCUGCCACCAUCGUUAUCCAUGAGCCAUAUGAUGCCCUGGAUGGGCCAUACGGAGUCGAUUGCACCGGAGACCAUUGCUCCGUCCCAAGUUGCACCGGUAACCCCUCCUCCUUCCUACACGGAUUUCUCCAACUCUAUCAACACCUUCAAGACGCACUCGCCGGACACCCCCAUCCGCUCGUGCUCUCUAGGCACUGUCUCUGGAGCGGACACACCUUUGAGCCGUCUCUCUGGCGGCGCUGGUGAGUACAUGGAUGAAUGCCACCAGUCGCCUAUCUACCGAGAUGCGUCAGGCGUUCGUCUGCAGCGGCAGCCAUCCCGCAAGAUGGCGCGGAAGCAGCCUUCCAAGCAGAGCUUGUCACUAGAGAACCUGCCAUCCAUCAUCAAGCAGGUGCAGUUCAAGUGCAAAGAACCUGGCUGCAAGGGUCGCUUCAAGCGACAGGAACACCUCAAGCGCCACAUGAAGAGCCACUCCAAGGAAAAGCCUCAUGUCUGCUGGGUUCCUGGCUGCCAUCGAGCCUUUUCACGCAGUGACAACCUCAAUGCCCAUUACACCAAGACCCACAGCAAACGCGGAGGCCGCAACCGCUAUGUGGCCACCUUGGAUGAGACGAGUCCCGACUACAACCCGGACUAUCGGGGGCCACUUACUGCUGACGGUCGCCCCAUGCCCGGUGGGACGCUGGACGAGUCCAUGCCUUCCCGCGAGAUCAGUAUGGAAUGGGAUGAGUAA